AAGAUCCAUCCUUGAACAACAAACCAAAACUACAACUCUUGACACCAUGAGCUACUACGGCAGUUACUAUGGAGGCCUGGGCUAUGGCUACCGAGGUUUUGGGAACCUAGGUUAUGGCUAUGGCUGUGGAUGUGGCUUCGGAGGCUAUGGAUAUGGCUCUGGUUAUGGAGGCUAUGGUUAUGGCUUCCGCCGCCCACUUUACUAUGGAGGAUUUGGAUUCUCCCGCUUCUACUGAAAUGCUUUCCCGAGGAACCAAAAUUUCAAAUAUAAGAACAUUACGCCAACCUCAUUUAAGGACUAAAUUAAGCAAAUACAUUGUGAACCAAAUCAAGAGGAAAAUAAUUGAAGAUCUAAGACUUUAAGAAUGCACACCAUCUUAUAAUUUUACAUAUUAUGCUCCGUUAUUUCUCCCCUGUCAUUUCUUAAAUGUAUACAUAUUUUGAUCCUUUGUAAUAAAUUAUCCUAAC